AUGGCAGCUAACAAGGUUGGACGUGCUCUUGCCAAAGGUCUCGGUAUCAAGCUCAAUUAUCGGAACGAAUUGAAUGACGAGAUCCGUCGUGGAGAGUCUGUCUUCUCAACUACAACAGCCGAUACUUAUGUGGAAGAGGAACCGACAACUUUGGAGUGGUUCCAUGAUGUUCUCCCAUCCGGCCAUGAGUUGGUCCAAUAUACCCGUUCUUUGUUUCCAUUCUUAAACUGGAUCGGUUCCUACAACCUUCAAUGGCUAGCUGGUGAUCUUGUAGCCGGUAUCACCAUUGGAGCCGUUGUAGUCCCGCAAGGCAUGGCAUAUGCUGUUCUGGCCAACCUGAAACCUCAAUUUGGAUUGUACUCAUCUUUCAUGGGUGUCUUGAUUUAUUGGUUCUUUGCAACUUCGAAGGAUAUUACCAUCGGUCCUGUCGCUGUGAUGUCGACCAUCGUUGGAAAUAUUCUUGUGAAGGCGGCCAAGACUAACCCCGAUGUUCCUGGACAUGUCAUUGCUUCGUGCUUAGCUGUCAUAGCUGGAUGCAUUAUUGUAUUCAUCGGCCUCAUUCGAUGUGGCUGGAUUGUCGACCUCAUUCCCCUAGUCUCAAUCUCUGCAUUCAUGACCGGAUCUGCCCUUAACAUUGCCGUCGGUCAAGUCCCAACUCUCAUGGGUGUCGCGUCGUACUUCAACACAAGAGCUGCGACCUAUUUGGUUGUUAUCAAUACGUUGAAGAACCUUCACCACUCAACGCUAGAUGCUGCUAUUGGGCUUACAUCUCUCACCAUGCUUUAUCUUAUUCGAGGAGCUUGCAAAUUUGCCGCGAAGAAGUUUCCAUCUCGCCAAAAAGCAAUCUUCUUCAUUGCAACACUUCGAACUGCUUUCGUCAUCUUGCUGUAUAUCUUAAUCAGUUGGCUGGUUAACAGGCACCACCGGAAAAAGCCCAAGUUCAAGAUUUUAGGAACAGUUCCCCGAGGUUUCCAAAAUGCUGCCGUCCCGACCGUCAACAAGAGUAUCAUCAAAAUCUUCGCGAACGACUUGCCAUCAACCGUCAUUGUUCUCUUGAUUGAACACAUUGCGAUUUCGAAAUCAUUUGGCCGUGUCAAUAACUACAUCAUCAACCCGUCUCAGGAAAUGGUUGCCAUUGGUGUCACAAACAUUUUGGGACCAUUCCUUGGAGCCUAUCCUGCCACUGGGUCGUUCUCUCGAACGGCUAUCAAGUCAAAGGCUGGAGUGCGCACUCCGUUUGCAGGCGUGAUCACUGCUGUGAUUGUACUUCUCGCCAUCUACGCCCUCCCCGCCAUGUUCUUUUACAUUCCCAGUGCUGCUCUCUCAGCUGUUAUCAUCCAUGCUGUCGGCGACCUCAUCACGCCACCCAACACUGUCUACCAGUUCUGGCGAGUCUCUCCGGUCGAGGUACCGAUUUUCUUUGCAGGAGUAUUCGUCACUGUUUUCUCAUCGAUCGAGAACGGUAUCUAUACUACCAUCUGCGUCUCCGCCGCCAUCUUGAUAUACCGAAUAAUCAAAGCCAAGGGCCGAUUCUUGGGCAAAAUCAAAGUCCACUCUGUUGCUGGCGAUUCUAUCAUCGGUAAUUCUGGGAAACCUAUUCUCGCCGACCAUGGCAACUUCACCAAAUCUGGAGGCGCGCACGAGGACGCAUCAACUCGCAAUGUCUUCCUACCAAUUGAUCAUGGCGAUGGCUCCAACCCUGACGUCGAAGUCUCAGUGCCCUACACAGGCAUCUUCAUCUUCCGCUUUUCCGAAGGCUUCAACUAUCCGAACGCCAACCACUACCUGGAUCAAUUGACCAACCACAUCUUUGCCACCACCCGCCGAACAAACCUCGACCACUACGACCGCCCAGGAGAUCACCCAUGGAACGACCCUGCGCCACGCGGAAAGAGGAAGAAAGCUCUGGUGGCAGAGCAAGGCGACCGCCCGACCCUGAAAGCCAUCAUCCUCGACUUCAGCUCCGUCAACAACGUCGACAUCACCUCAGUCCAACAGCUGAUCGACGUCCGCAACCAACUCGACCGAUACACCGCCCCCUCUGUCGUCGACUGGCAUUUCACCUCCAUCAACAACCGCUGGACCAAGCGCGCCCUCGUCUCCGCCGGCUUCGGCUACCCCAGCAUUACCGAGAGCGACAGCAGCCUGCACCGCUGGAAGCCCAUCUUCAGCGUUGCAGAGAUCGGCGGCUCCGACUCCGCCGCCCAAGUUGCAGAGAACACCGCCAACGAGAAGGAGUUGAAGGCGGCGAGAACGCUAGAGCAAGAGCGCCCCUCCCAUGGCGAUGGUAUCCAUGCUGAUUCGGACAGCGGUUUGUCGAGCGGCGAUAUGAAGGGCGUGGCUGUCAAGGCGUCAGGCCGGGUUGCGGUUGUGCAUGGUCUCAACAGACCUCUGUUCCACAUCGAUCUGACCAGUGCGUUGCAGAGCGCCAUUGCGAAUGUACAGGCGAGGGAUGAGUUUGAAGGUCGUGGUGGUCCAGGAAUUGGCGAAGUGCCAUGA